AUGUUGAAGUCGAUUGGGAAAUAUGGUAAAGGUUUGAAGCCUCGUUCUUAUCAAGAGGUAAUAGUUUCUUACCUUAAGGAUGAAGUUAAACAUGUCAAAAACUCCAUGGAGAAAUAUACAGAUGAAUGGAAAAGAUGGGGAGGCACAUUGAUGUGCGAUGGUUGGACCGACAGAAAAUCUCGAUCAAUCACUAACUUUCUAGUCAAUAGUCCAAGUGGGACGGUGCUUUUAAACUCCAUCUACACUAGUAAUGUGAUCAAUGAUGUUCAAAAAAUGUUUGAGUUAUUGGAUAAGAUGAUUGUAGAAAUUGAGGUUGAAAAUGUUGUUCAAGUUGUAACUAAUGGUGCUUCUAAUCUUGUGUCUGCCGGGGAGAAGUUGGAAGAGAACACGAGCUCAUGUUGGUCUCCUUGUGCUCCCCAUUGCCUUGACUUUGUGCUUGAAGAUAUUGGUAAAAUUCCAAUCUUGUAUUCCACCAUUACAAACGCCAAAAGGAUCACCACUUACAUAUAUAGGCAUCAAUGGGUUCUAGGAUUAUUCAGAGACUAUUCUCAACGAAGGAAAUUGGCAAGACCGGCUGUAACAAGGUUUGCAACUUCUUUUCUUACUUUAAGCUGCAUCUUGAAUCAAAAAAGUGCUCUUAAGUCCAUGUUAGUUUCGGAAGAAUGGACUUCAAGUUCUUAUGCCCGUAAGCAUGAUGUAUUGAGGUUUGUAGAUGGUGACUCAAAACCAGCAAUUCCAUAUAUUUAUGAAGCAAUGGAUAGAGCCAAAGAUCAAAUAGCUCAAAACUUCAAUAAUGUGAAGUCGAG